UUUUUGUCAUACAAACUACUUUUUAACAGGUCUUAUGACACAUCUCUCAUUAGAUGAGAAAUAAAAUACUGAGUAUAAAGAAACAUCGUACGAAGUUCAGUAUUCAUUGUUUUCACCAAGCUUAAGGCAUUCUUUGAAACUGCAGUAUAAUAUGGAGUUAAAUUAUGUAAAUGGACUUUUGACUGAUGCAGGGCUUACUUACUCAAACAUAAAUGAACACAGAGUACAUGACCAAAUAGAAACCAGUAACGAACAAAUGGAAAAAUGUAUGCAGCAUACUAUACGAGCUCUGCAAAAAAACCAGGACAGUGAUAGAAAACUAUGGAAAACUAUGUUGACCUUCAUCAUCAUUCUUGGCUUCCUCCAUCUGUUAUCCAUUGCCAUCAUGCUUACUCUGAGUGUACACCAAAUUAAUCAUCUGAAAGAAGUAAGGCAGACACUCAACUCCCAGAAUACUAGUUUACAGAACUAUAUUGAAAGACAAACUACAUACAUCAAAGUAUUUGCUGAAUUUGGAGAAAUGUUUGUUUGCUGCCCAGAAGGCUGGAUUAUGUUUAUAUACAAGUGCUACUACGUUUCAAAGACCACUGAAACAUGGCAGAACAGCAGGAAUCUUUGCAAGGCUGCAGGUGCUGAUUUAGUCAUCAUAGAUUUUAAUGAGGAACAGGAUUUUCUCGAACAAUAUACAGUAAAUCAAUCCUCAUACUGGAUUGGCUUGACGGAUAUUGAAGUAGAAGGACAAUGGUGCUGGGUUGACAGGCCCUUUUCAAACUGCAGUUCAGUGAAAGGCAUAGACCACUGGGCAAAAGGUGAACCAAGCAAAGCAGGAGGUGAAAACUGUGCGGCUAUGAAAUACGCUUCUUGGUAUGAUCGCCAUUGUACUCAGAUGAAUUACAGGAUCUGUGAGAAAAAGGCCAGCCUUUGUUCUAUAAAGGGAUAGGUAACAAGAUUCAUCUGCAAGACCUUCAGAGUCUAAUAGAGAAAGCUAUGCAUAGCUUUCAAAAUGUCAGCAGACCUGUAUGAUUUAAUGUGUUUUUGACAAUUAUAAGUCAAAAUUACACGUCAAAGAUGUCGUAAAACUUUUCUUCUUAUUAUUAUCAUUGUCCUUUAGUCCACUUUUUUCAGUCAUCUUAAAGUAAUCAGACAAUAUUUACAUGGACCUUGAUUUCUUCAAAUUAAAACUAUUAGUACCACAUAAUAUUUUAAGCAUGAAAUGCAUGUUUAAUUGUAAUUCAUAAGACUGUUACACAUUAUGUCUGUCUCUCCUUUUAGACAGUCUUUGCUGGUACAGCUCCAAAUCCCAUGUGUAUUAAUCAACUUCCUUAAGCUGAAUGUAAACAGAUGUGCAGAUAAAACAGAAUAUUAUAAAAUAAUGAAGAAACUAUGUAUUUUAAGAAUAACUACAACAAAUAGUUGCUGAAAAUAAGACUACAAAAUUAGUUUUUAUUGAAGCCUAACAAUUUGCCCUUACAUUUAAGGGAAAAUACAGGUUAGGCAAACUAUUUUAGAAAGUUCUCAUUUAACUUGAUGCAGCUAUAUGCACUGAAAUAAAACUAUAGUUUGAAACUGUACUUUAUUACAUUUGUGCCAUUAAAUACAUUUUAGCACACGUA